CGGGACAGUUUCGUUUUAUACAGCGCUAAGUCAACAACGAUUUUGAUUUGAAUUUUUUUCUUAUAUACCUUAUAAUAGAAAAAGGACAGUUUUUAUUUGUGAAUAAGAAUUUUCGUGUCUAAGACUCAAAUCUUACAUUACUUUAUCACUACUUGUGAUUUUUAUUCGGCUUCUGUGUGAUCAAGUGUUUUAUAUAAUUACAUCAUUUAUUAAAAUGAAACGUGUUUACGCGAUUCAUCUGAUCGCGUGUUUCGUGUUGCUUGUUAACAACAACGGUUUGACAGAAGGUCACACUCUCAAAAAAUUUUUUUCCGGACUAAAGAAUUUCAAGACUCUUUGGCAUGGGAUUCUUCCAGGCACGCUUUGGUGUGGCCUAGGCGAUAUUGCCCGUGAUGAUUUGGAAUUGGGCGCGCACAAAGAGCUGGACAUGUGUUGCAGAGCGCACGAUAAGUGUGAGGACUUCGUAGAGCCUAAAUCCUCGAGAUACGGAUUGCAAAACAAGCACAUUUGCAGACUAUCAUUAUGUGAAUGUGAGAUGCAAUUUUAUGAUUGUUUGAAGCAAGUGAAUGGUUUGUACGCAUUCGUUAUAGGACAGAUUUAUUUCGCAAAAUGCAGACGCUGCUUCAGCACCUAUAAUGAUGCUCAGGAGUGCGCGAAAGAGGGUCUCAAUAUCAACGAAGAGCAAGACCGCAAGGGAGGUCGUGUUUUCUGCGCAAAGUUUGACCGAAAUCCAAAAUGGGGACAACGACAUAACGUAUCAGAAUCGACUCCCAACAAAUUUCUAGACUUGGAUGAUGAUGAUGAUGAUAAUGAUAAUAAUGAUGAUGAAAAUUUUAUAAAUGGUGGAAAACAUCCUAUUGAGGAAGAUGACAUUAUUUAUGAUUACUACAAAAGCUUUCAGCAGUGAAAAUACGCGUCGAUCCAAAGUAAUGAUUAACAUACACAUGUCGAAGUCUCUUCUUAAUCGCUGUACUAUUAAAUUAUGAAAAAGAAACUCGCGCAUUCUUGUGUAAAAAAAAAAAAAAAAAAAAAAA